UCACGAAGGCGGUGAUCGGCUAGUCAGUCGGUUUCGUGUUUGUGCUUUCGUGGCGAUGUUGUUGGGAUCAUUUUCAUGAAUUUAUCACGUUAAUAGUAAUCGUUUCGAAAGCUGAAGAAUGUUAACGAAGUUUGAGACGAAAUCUGCUCGGGUGAAAGGUUUGUCCUUUCACCCAAAACGUCCAUGGGUUCUGUCAAGUUUGCACAAUGGCGUCAUCCAGCUGUGGGACUACCGCAUGUGCACGCUGCUGGAGAAGUUCGACGAGCACGACGGCCCGGUCCGGGGCAUCUGCUUCCACUCGCAGCAGCCCCUCUUCGUGUCCGGAGGAGACGACUACAAAAUCAAGGUUUGGAACUACAAACAAAAACGCUGUAUUUUCACGUUGCUGGGCCACUUGGACUACAUCCGGACGACAGUUUUCCAUCAUGAGUACCCAUGGAUUCUCAGCGCCUCAGAUGACCAGACCAUCAGGAUUUGGAACUGGCAGAGCCGGACAUGUAUUUGUGUCCUGACUGGUCAUGCCCACUAUGUAAUGUGUGCGCAAUUUCACCCAUCUGAAGAUCUUGUUGUGUCCGCCUCAUUGGAUCAGACAGUCCGUGUCUGGGAUAUCUCAGGUAUUGCCAGCCAGUGCAACAGUCAAGGCCUUCGCAAGAAAAAUGUUGCUCCUGGUCCUGGAGGUCUUGAGGAGCACCUCAGAAAUCCAAAUGCCACCGAUUUGUUCGGCCAAGCUGAUGCUGUGGUGAAGCAUGUGCUUGAGGGACACGAUCGCGGAGUGAACUGGGCUGCCUUCCACCCAACUCUCCCUCUCAUUGUGUCUGGCGCUGAUGAUCGCUUGAUUAAGAUGUGGAGAAUGAAUGAAUCCAAGGCUUGGCAGGUGGACACUUGUCGUGGACACUACAACAAUGUGUCAUGUGUACUUUUCCAUCCGCGUCAAGAACUCAUUCUCUCCAAUUCUGAAGACAAAAGUAUCAGAGUAUGGGAUGCAACAAAGCGCUCUUGUCUUCAUACAUUCCGCCGAGAGCAUGAACGUUUCUGGGUACUAGCUGCUCACCCAACACUCAACCUCUUUGCUGCUGGUCAUGAUUCAGGAAUGAUAAUCUUCAAGCUUGAACGUGAACGCCCAGCGUAUGCUGUUCAUGGAAACUUCCUCUAUUAUGUGAAAGAUCGCUUCCUUCGGCGGCUGGACCUAACAGCAUCAAAGGACAUAACUCUAAUGCAACUAAGAGGAGGUGGACGCACACCAGUCUAUAGCAUGUCGUACAAUCCUGCUGAGAAUGCAGUUUUGUUGUGCACCCGCACCAGUAAUGUGGAGACAUCCACUUAUGACCUGUAUGUCAUUCCCAAAGAAACCGACAGCCAAAAUCCAGAGGCACCUGACAGCAAGAGAGCAUCUGGCAUCACUGCCAUUUGGGUUGCAAGAAAUCGUUUUGCUGUUCUGGACCGCACUCAUGCACUUGUGAUUAAGAAUUUGAAGAAUGAAGUUACCAAGAAGGUUCAAACACCAGCCUGUGAUGAGAUUUUCUAUGCUGGUACUGGUAUGCUCCUUCUCAGAGACCCAGAUGCCAUAACAUUGUUUGAUGUGCAACAGAAAAGAACUUUGUCUCAGGUGAAAAUAAGCAAGUGUCGCUAUGUUGUUUGGUCUGCUGAUAUGUCUUUGGUAGCUCUGCUAGCCAAACAUACUGUUCUAAUUUGCACUCGCCGGUUGGAGACCAAGUGCUCAAUUCAUGAAAACACCAGAGUCAAGUCUGGAGCAUGGACUGAUGAUGGCAUUUUCAUCUACACCACAAGUAACCACAUCAAAUAUGCUUUAUCCAACGGUGAUCAUGGUAUUAUUCGUACUUUGGACAUGCCUAUCUACAUCACCCAAGUCAAAGGAAAUCAAGUGUUCAACCUUGAUCGUGAAUGUAGACCCAGAGUCAUGAAUAUUGAUCCCACCGAGUUCAAAUUUAAGUUGGCCCUGAUAAACCGUAACUAUGAUGAGGUUCUACAUAUGGUUCGCAAUGCAAGGUUGGUUGGACAGUCUAUUAUUGCCUACCUGCAGCAAAAAGGAUAUCCAGAGGUGGCUCUUCACUUUGUCAAGGAUGAAAUGACUCGGUUUGGUCUUGCUCUGGAAUGUGGAAAUAUUGAGGUUGCUGUAGAGUCAGCUCGUGCUCUUGAUGACAAGCACUGCUGGGAGUGUUUGGGCGAAGCAGCUCUUCUUCAAGGAAAUCACCAGGUCGUUGAGAUGUGUUACCAAAGAACUAAGAACUUCGACAAGCUUGCAUUUUUGUACCUCAUCACUGGCAACUUGGAGAAACUGCGCAAAAUGACUAAGAUUGCUGAAAUCCGUAAAGACUGUAUGGGUCAGUACCAAGGUGCCCUGUACCUGGGAGACAUUGCUGAGCGGGUGAAGGUUUUAAAGCCAACACAGCCUUCUCUUGCCUAUCUCACUGCUGCUACUCAUGGAUUAGAAGAAGAAGCAGAACAAAUGAAAGAACAGCUGUUGUCAGCUGGAAAGAAACUGCCAGAGCUGAAUCCUGAUGCCAUGCUGAUUCGUCCUCCCGCACCUAUAUUACAAGCAGAAUCCAACUGGCCUUUGCUUACAGUCACCAAGGGCUUCUUUGAGGGAGCCAUGGGCAACCGUACCACAAAUGCUGCCAGUGCUGCUUUGGCUGCCGUUCCAGUGGAAGGUGAUGUUGAGGCUGAGGGUUGGGACACUGAUCCAGAGGUCGGUGAGGAGGGUGAUGGUGAAGAAGGUGCUGUUGAAGGUGGAGAGGGUGGUACUGGUUGGGAUGAGGGUGAUGAUGAUUUGGAGCUGCCUCCUGAGCUGGAAGAAACCUUACCCGCUGCAGCCGAGGAAGGGUAUUUUGUUGCUCCAACAAAAGGAUCAUCUCAGGGUCAACUCUGGGUCAACAAUUCCCAAUUGGCUGUGGACCAUAUUCUUGCUGGUUCAUUUGAAUCUGCAUUUAGAUUAUUACAUGAUCAGGUUGGUGUUGUAAACUUCAACGCAUACGAAAGUGUUUUCAUGAGCACUUUCAGCCGAGCAAGAGCUUCCUAUCCUGCUUUCCCCAUGACUGGUUCUAUCUACCGUCACCUCCAAAGGAGUUGGGGCGAUUCAGGGCCCAAGGGGGGCUUACCUGCUGUUGGACUAAAACUAAAUGAUCUUGUUCAGAGAUUACAAGUUUGCUAUCAAUUGACAACAGGUGGCAAAUUUAUUGAAGCAGUAGAAAAAUUCAGAGCUCUUCUUCUAAGCAUUCCUCUUUUAGUUGUUGACACUAAGCCAGACAUUGUCCAAGCCCAGGCGCUCCUUCAGAUAUGCAGAGAAUAUAUUUCAGGCUUAAUGAUGGAACUUCUUCGUAAAGAUCUCCCUAAAAACACUCUAGAAGAAAACAAAAGAAAUUGUGAGAUGGCAGCCUAUUUCACUCACUGCAAUCUCCAGCCUGUCCAUCAAAUUCUUACCCUCCGCACAGCUCUCAAGCUGUUCUUUAAAUUGAAAAAUUUCAAAACUGCUGGUUCCUUUGCGCGAAGGUUGCUUGAGCUGGGGCCAAGUCCAGAGUUAUGCCAACAAGCAAAGAAAUUCUUACAGGCAUGUGAUAUGAAUCCUGUUGAUGAGCAUAAGUUAACAUAUGACGAGCACAAUCCUUUCUCAUUAUGUGGAGUCACCUACAAGCCAAUCUACCGUGGGAAACCAGAAGAGAAAUGUCCACUGUGUGGCACUAGUUAUAUGCCACAGUACAAGGGCACUGUAUGCACAGUCUGCACUGUUGCUGAAGUAGGCAAAGACUGUCUAGGACUUCGUAUUUCAACCAUACAGUUCCGAUAAAAGUAUUAUUUUAACUAUGGCAUUCUCUGCAUUUCUUCAAUUCUAUUUUUGAGAUACCCUCAUGAACUAUUGUUGUAGUGAUAAUUGUUGUGUUUUUAUUAUUUCAUAAUGUAUGUUACUUUAAUCAUGUACAACCACGCUUACACUUAAAGAAAAUUUAUGUAAAAUAAUUUUAAAACGAAAAGUAUGUGAAGUUUAGUGAUGAUAAAGACUGGGAAAAUGAAAACA